CGGAUUUGGAAGCCUCGAAGCUUACAGAGAGCCGUACUCCCUUGCAUCGUCUUUGUCAGCAUCUUCAUCUUGCACGGAGCGUCCGAGUUACUGCCGGGUCGCUUCUGCUGCUUGCUCGAGAAAUAAGUGCGACUGGCUACAACGAGGGCCUUAAGAACUGCCCUCAAUUAGACUGCAACGUGUGAGGGUCGACAUGGCUAUAACAUGGUACAAUCAGACUCGCCAGGAACUACUGGCAAAGAAUGAAUCGAAGCCACCAUCAUUCACCAUACACCUACAUGCGGAACAUUGGGUUCUCAAUAAUGGAUCCAAGUUUCUCUACAACAAUUACGCUGCGUCAUUACUCGAUGAUAUUCGAGCUCAUCAACUGCCAGUAGAUUUUCUAGAUCUCUUUGACGCUUCUCCCAACAUCCAUUUCUAUGAUGGGUGUUUGAUUGCUGAGCUCCUGGACUAUCGCCCUCAGAAGGUCAAUGACCCGCCGCUAGAAAAGCCAGUACGAACGCGUACUGUCCUGCACCCUACGCCAGAAUCGUUAUGGGCAGAUACCUGCAAAAUCGCUGCUGCUGCGAAGCAGCAGGAGGAUCUUGUUAUGACUGACAGGGACGCCUUGGAAAUUGAAUCCCGAAUUCUACUCGCCACUGCCCCACCUUUAUGUCUUGAUCCAGAUCCCCACCUUACUCGCAUGGUGAACCACAUUGUCCGAGUAUCGACUCCCACUGUGCCCGCCUCUCUGAAGCGCAAAGUAUCCGCUAUGGAUCAGGAAGAAGAUGAAACAGACAAGGCCCGCAGAGCCAAGAUCAUGCAAUUCAUGAAUUCUAGAGCUACUCGUGUUCCCAGCGCAAAGUAUGCGAUUUAUAUCCUUAGUUCUGUACCUGUCUGA